AUGAUUUUUCUAUCUAUACUAUGCUCGCUUCUAACUACAGUCGUACCGUUUGUGUUAACCAUUAAAUGCUUUGAUCCGGUGAUUGCCAGCCAGAUUCCAUACACAUCCUACCAGUUUCUACUCAACUAUUGGAUCUAUUUUGUUAUACUUCAGUUCGUCAACAUCAACUUUGUAACCACCCAUGGGCAAUUCUACUUUGACAUCAUUUCACAGACGCUCAAGCUCUGGUUUUUGUACGGUAGUCUGAACAAUUUGGCUCUAUUCAACCGGUUUAUUGUCACCAGAGUCACUUCUUCCAGAGACUUCAAUGGCCUCUACCAUCUUGAAGCCAACUACAUUAACCCAUUGUUGAGUAAAUACGUAACUUCCCAGAUCCGUACUGAUUCUAGAGGCAAGAGAAUGGGGCAACUACAAUACUAUCUUAUCAGAUUGGGCCAGAAAUAUGCCAAUGACACCAAUGUCGACGAUAUGCUGUUUAUUCUUUUAGAACGUAUACUAUCUCUGGCCCGAAUGCUAGUGGUUUCGCUAUUUGCUCCCCAGAUUCUGCCAAAUAUCAAGACUUCUCCUAGAAGAAAUGAAAUGGUCCAGCACUAUCAACGUCAUAGGUCAUCGAGUGGAGGGUCCAAGAGCCUUGGUACCAGCACCAGAACAGCGCCACUGGUGUACAAUGUCGGGUCAUCUCCACGUAGCAUUUCUGGCGGAGGUCUGUACCAUGAAGCUACAGUACUAGAGCUCAAUAGGCAUGGUGAUGCUAUUGGACAAAACUAUACAAAUGCUCAAUCUAUGCCGUACCCAGUGGGGACGGGAUCCAAUUCGAUUCUCAAUGAUAAUCUUGCAAAUGUUCCAUUGAGCAAGUUCAUGAACAAACCUCGUAGUGUAUCUGAACGAAUCGAUGCAGCGGCUUCCAAGUAUUUUGGCAUCAAGCCUAGGUCCAGUUCUGCGGGAGAAUCGGAUACAGUACAAAGAGGUUUUGGUCCACUGGCUGGUUUUAGAGUGAAUCCCAAUUCAAUCAAUUCCAUCAGGCUGCUGUACCAAAUGGAACAGCAGAGAGAGAACGACAUACCCCCAUUAGUUACGGUGUCCUCACCUUCUUCGGGUAGAACAACUCCUGCAAGACAGCUACUAAACUAA